CUAUAUAAACAAAACAAUCUCGAAAGCCACACACAUCCUCAAUUAGGCGAAAUCAAAAUUAGGGUUAGGGUUUCACAUUUCAUCAAUUUCAAUGGCGACGACGAACACUAAUCAACAACAAGAAGGAGCCGCCAGCGUGCCCGCAAAGCGAAAGCCUGUGUUCGUGAAAGUAAACGAUCUGAAACCCGGCACGAAAGGCCACAAUCUCACCGUCAAAGUCGUGUCUUCCACCACUGUUCUCGACAAGAAAUCGAUCCGUAAUUCCGGCAAUACUCGCAUCGCUGAGUGCCUAAUUGGUGAUGACACUGCUUCUAUUCUCUUCACUGCUCGUAAUGACCAAGUUGACUUGAUGAAGCCCGGAACAACAGUUAUCAUACGGAAUUCUAAGAUUGACAUGUUUAAGGGUUCUAUGAGGCUAGCUGUUGACAAGUGGGGCCGUGUUGAAGUCACUGAACCUGCGAAAUUUGAGGUUAAAGAAGACAACAAUUUGUCUCUAGUUGAGUAUGAGUUGGUCAAUGUUGAAGUAUGAUGAUUAAGAUUCCUUACCUUUAGUCUAUCUUUAUUAAUUGCCAUAAGAUGUACUGACAUAAAAUUCUGUCACAACCGGUUUGGUAUACAAAUCUUUUGGAGUUA